AUGUUCUUUUCGCAGCUAUUUUUGUCGAAGAAGGGCGCGCUCGGCCCGAUAUGGAUAGCGGCGCACCUGGAGCGGAAGCUGCGGAAGAAUCAGAUUUACGAAACCGACAUCCCGCAGACCGUCGACACCAUUCUUCACCCCGAGGUCCCCAUCGCGCUGCGGCUGUCGGGGCAUCUGCUGCUCGGCGUCGUGGGCUAUCUGUACGCGGAUUGCUCCGAUGCGGUGCUGCGCAUGAAGCAGGUAUUGGCGCGAGCAGCGGUGGACCUGCCCCCAGAGGCGGCAACGGCGUCGUUCCAUGCCAUCACUCUCCCUGAACACUUUGAACUCGAGGAGCUGCUCGCUCUGCCUGACGGCGUGUUCGAGCUGCAACCUGGGGCGGUGGACAAGAGUCUCACCACUCGAGAGCAAAUCACUCUACCGGAGCCGCCGCCUGUUGAUGAUGGCUACGCGUUUGGCUCGCAGUAUCGACUGGACGAGCAAUUCGCGGUGGUGGAGGAGGGUGCGGUGAUGCGGCUGGUGGAAGAAGGCGAGGAGGACGGCGAGCCAUGGCUUCCCCGUGACUUGGCCCACGAGGAGGCACGAGAGGGAGGCAAGGCGGGAGGGGAGGCGACGGCAGCGGAUGAAGGGAGGGAGGCGGAGGAGGUGGCGGAGGAGAGGGGGAUGGGGGGAGAAGGGGUUGUGGGGGCGGGGGGGGCGUAUGAGCCUGAAGCGGGCCUGGAGGGGUAUGAGCCUGAGGCAGGGCUCAUGGAGCCCAUGGAUCUGGACAUGGGGUUUGGCGCGGGGAUGGAGAUGGGUGGCGAUGGGUUGGGGAUGGGUGGAGAGGGGCGAGGAGUGGUGGGGGAGGAGGGAGUGGAGGCAACGCAGCCAGUGGAAGCAGCACAGGAGGAGGCUGAGAGGCGGGAGGUGGGGGCAGCAGGGGCGGCAGGGGAAACAGCAGAGGCAGCAGCAGGGCAGGAAGCAGGAGAAGCAGGGGCAGCAGAGACAGCAGAGACAGCAGCAGCUGAGGCGGCAGCAGGGGCAGAAGAAGGAGCAGAGAGAGGGGCAGGGGCCGCACAGGCAGAGGCGGAGGCAGGGGCAGAAGGAGGGGCAGGGGAAGAAGGGGAGGAGGUACCGGAGGUGGAGGCCGGGCCUGAACACCACGCUGCAGCUGCCGAGCCUGCUGAGGCUCCCGAGCCUGCGGACGAGGCUUGGGCGGGGCUGCCUCCAAGGCCCCCGAGGCGAGGGCAGGCGAAGAGGAAGCGAGGGGCAGCAGCAGGAGGGGAUGGUGUGGGGACGGUCUUAGACUCGCUCACUGUGCUGCCCUCUGAGUACGCCUUUCCCUCUUCUUCUCUCUUCCUUUCUCUUCCUUUCUCUGUCACCAUCACUGUUGCUCCCUUUGUCUGUGUGCCGGCCCUUCAAUCGACUCACAGGACAGUCUUAGACUCGCUCUCUGUGCUGCCCUCUGUGCCAUUUAUUCCUUCCUCGUUUCUCAGUCGCUGUUGCUGCCAUUCCCUUUCUCUGCGUGUCCGCCUUUGGAGUCGAGUCGACUCAGACAGUCCUCGACUCGCCCACCCUCUCUUCCGCCUUCCCCCUUCGCCCUCCCCCUCCCCCAACCACCACCAUCCGCCAGCAGCUCAUCUCCGCGGACGACCUCGUGAGGAACCAAGGCCUAGCCUCUCCCCCGCCCAUCUCCCCCGCCCAUCUCCCCCGCCCAUCUCCCCCGCCCAUCUCCCCCGCCCAUCUCCCCCGCCCAUCUCCCCCGCCCAUCUCCCCCGCCCAUCUCCCCCGCCCAUCUCCCCCGCCCAUCUCCCCUGCCUCACCCACUUUCUGCUACGCCUGCCCCCUCCAUUCCCCCCCCCCCCCCCCCCUCCCUCCCCCCUCAACAGAACCAUUCGCCAGCAGCUCAUCUCCCCGGACGACCUCGUGAGGAAGCGCCGCAAAGCCCCGCACACGCCGGUCCAGCUGGCAGCGCUCCAUUGGUCCGUGGCGGGCGUGGAGGGCCUGCAGGAGCCGGCUGUAGCACAGACUGUAUCACCGGCUGUAGCGGUGGGUCUUGCAGGGGGUGAAGCACGGGUAACAGAUGGUGGGGCGGCAGAUGGGGUGGCCUAUGCGUUUGCAGCAGAUGGUGUGGCGGGAGUGACAGCUGCAGCUGCUGAUGGUAUAGCUGAAGGGGAGGAGGGGGCGGGUCUUGGUUCGUUUUUGGCUCGGUUCUUCUCCAAGGCUUCGCCGAGCCUGCCGAGUAGGCCUGGAGAAAGGGGGACGGGGAGGAAGCGGGGCAGGGAGGAGGGGGAGGGGAUGGGGGUGGAGAGGAGGAGAGGGGAAGAGGAGGUGGAGAGGGAGGAAGACGUGGAAGGGGAGGCUAUGGCCAUGGAUGGAGGGGUGGAGAGGGAGGGGGUGGAAGCAGGUGUGGGGAGGGAAGAGGCAGGGAUGGGGAGGGAGGAGGAAGUAGGAGUGGCGAGGGAAGAAGUGGUGGAGGGGAGGGAGGAGGUAGAGGAAGUGGAAGUGGUAAGGGAGCACAUGGACGGGAGAGAUUCUGGCCCAGGGACUGCAACAGACGUUGCUGCUACAGCUGCUGCUGCUACAGGUGUUGCAAGAGGCACUCCGGCUCAGGCCCCUGAUGGAGAAGAGGGGGCGGGUUGGGUGCUGCGCCCUCACACCACCCCGGACAGUGCUGCUCCUGGGUUGGAGGGUAUGCCUGCUGUGCCCCCCACGCCCUUCACCCCCGGCUCUCCUGCUGCUCCUCUCUCCCCUGUCGCUCCUCUCUCUCCUGCUGCAAGUGGCGAGGGAGUAGCAGCAGGCGCAGAGGCAGAGGCGGCAAGAGGUGCAGAGGCAGCUGAUAAUGGUGCAGCUCCCGCUGAUGCUCGUGCUGCUGAUACUCAUGCUGCGGACGCUCAGUCCUUCCCUGCUGCUGGCGUCACACCAUCCACAGAGCCUUAUUUCCCUCCCAUGGACGCUGGGCUGAUGGAAGCCCCGGAGGAGGGGGCAUCGGAGGAGGAACGCGAGGGCAGCAGAGGAGAGGCAGUGGCAGAGGAGAGGGGGAGGGAAGCGGCAGCAGAAGGGAGGGGGAGAGAGGCCACUUUAGCAGCACUGCAUGUGUCGGAAGAGAACUUUUACUUCCUCAGAGAUGGAGGCGACAAAGAGGUGGACGAGUGGGACCCGAUGGGAUCAGGCAAGCGCAAGGCAGCAGCAGCAGAGGGGCCCACAGAUGACUUCUCCAGCUGGAGCUGGCGCACCAGAGGUGCUGCCAAGUUUCUGCAGCAUUCGUUGACAGCUCUGGCGGAGCAGCAGGCACUGGCGGGCAAUGGAAGGGGGGGAGCAGCAGCAGCAGCAGCAGUGGGGACAGAGGAAUCGGUGGGGGUGGAGUCGGCGCGAUCGCAGCCGUCGGUGUCGCUGCUGGCGGUGGUGAAGGGACGGCCAAGACGAGAGGCUGCUCGGAUGUUCUUUGAGACCCUCGUGCUGAAGACGAGGGACUUCAUUCAAGUGCAGCAGACAGAGCCGUAUGGUGACAUCAGCAUCACAGCACAGGAUCCCCUCAUGCAAGCCGCCCUCUGA